AUGUGUUGCGCGUCAGGAAAAGUGAAACUACCGGAAAUUAAAACACCACCUGAACCAUUGAACGGUUUACUUAUCGGUACGGAUCCAGAUUCUAACCUGUUCCUGAAGUCAAUUCGAAAAUUCAAUUCAUGUUUCCAAAUGACAUCGUUCGGAGCAACAGAAAUAAUUAAAAAUAAUUCUGCAAAUGGUCAACAAUUUAAUUCAACAUUCAAAAUCAAAGGCCAAGUUUAUCAUAGAGUGGGCUCAUUGCUACCAAUGCAUAACGAACCACAUAAAUUUUUACAAAUUUACUUUAUGGGCUGUGAGGACUCCGAAAGCGCACUUGUCAAUCGCGUGGAUGCACGUUGUAGUUACAAUAACCUUAAUUCACCUUUUGCCAGACGCAUCGUCGGUGAUCUGGACGCUUUAUUAAAUGAGCACAAUAAUUGUUGA